AUGGCGAGUUCCAACCAGCCACUGCACAAAUUUCUUUGAUAGUCACACCGCUAGACCAUGCCCAGGAAAAAUUGUAGGACUGCUCUCGUUGAAUGGGCUCUCACUCCAAUUGGGCAUUGCAGGCCCAAGGAAGUGUAGGCUAGCUGAAUUGCAUCAACAAUCCAAAGAAUGGCCAAGAGCAUGAGAAUGAGGAAAAACAAUGAACUUUAGACAGAAAGUACCCUAGCAUGAAGUGCCAGGACGACUAGAUUAUAAAAUCUAGCAAAUGUGGACGGCGAGAUCCAACCGGCCACUGCACAAAUUUCUGCCAUAGUCACACUGCUAAACCAUGCCCAGGACGAAGUCACUGCUCUCGUCGAAUGGGCUCUCACUCCAAUUGGGCAUUGCAGGCCCAAGGAAGAGUAGGCUAGCUGAAUUGCAUCUACAAUCCUCUAAGAAAGACUCUGCUUUGAGACCGGCAGCACUUAGAUUCAGUUUCAAAAGCAUACAAAGAGCUGUUCUGAUCGCCUUAUCGGCGCAGAGUGCUCCAUGUAGAAUUUCAGUGCCCUAACAUGACACAGUAGAUUCAGCUCUCGAUCUUCCUCUGUGAAAAGAGCAAAAAUAGUUAAUACUUGUGGUCUGAAGGGUGUGGAGAGCAUCUUUGGUAUAUAGCCAUGCCUUGAUUUCAGGUCAAGCUUCGAGUCGUUAGGCCUGAAUUCUCGGCAAUUAGGGCUUAUCGAGAGUGCUUCUAAAUCGCCCACAGUUAGACCUUGAGCAUGGAGGGGGAUCGCCCCUUCUCCAAGAGCCCUUGUAAGAAUGACAGUAUCACUGAUACGUCACAGGAGGCAGCAUCCAUGGCGGCACACUUCCUCGCCUGCUCGAUGGCACCGCAGAUUCACCACAGCAGCGAGGGAUCUUCAGCAGCCUGUCCCUCCUUCUCCCGGGCUUCGGCACCACUGUAACAAUGUACAAACUUCAUAAUCAUCGGGAAGAAGGAGGCGGGAACUGGCGGACAAUCAAACAAUAAGACAAUCAAAACACAAACUAAAACCCAGGCCUGGUCCGCUCUCAUCCGUCACUGUCGUCGCUCCUGUCUUAUAUCCUUCCAUCUCCUCCAUGGGACUCGAGACCGGUUGGUCGAGCAGGUGUCGCUCAGUUCCAAUCACUCCACCGGCCUCGCUCCUGUUCCCACAUCUCUCGGCCCCGCCCCACUCGUCACAGACAUUAAUUCUGCCUAGCAGGAUAGCACAGGUCAUACUCCAGCUGAGAUUGACUUAGGGCGGAAGUUGAAAGGCCCAUUGGAGCGGUUGUUACAUAAGCCUCCAAACCCUGACCAUUUAGCAUAAAGUUUGCUCGAGCGGCAGAAAGCAAUGCUGGAAAAAGUGAAGUAUAAUGUCAAUAGAGCUCAGGAAUAACAGGCCUAAUAUUAUGAUCUCUGGAGAGAUCAGUACAAUACCAAACAGGAGAUUUAGUCUGGAUACUCACUCAUCCGCUGUCUCGUGCAGGUGAUGCUUUUAUGGCAAAGUUAGCAGCUAAUUGGCAAGGUCCUGCUGAAGUAGUGUCACAGGUUAACAGGUUUAAUUACAAAGUAAAAAUGCUAGAUAAUCAGGAUGGCAUUGACCCAUAUUAUAUAGAAAAAUUUAAACCCUUCUUUGGGGCUGUUCAGUCUUUUCCUAAAGGGGAGGGUGUGUAACAGUUUUAAAUUUUAUUUAUUGUUACUGUGUUUCUUCUCCUCAACACUAGGGGACUAUGUCCUCCAGUAUAAGGGUGAGGACUCCAAUAUAAAGCAGAGAGAGUAAGUAAAGUUGUGGGGUGGUUGGUUUUAAUGGAAAGGCAGGAUGUUUGAGUGAUAGCUCAUUGUCUUCAUCCUUUGUUAGGCCAGAGAUGGGAAAAUGUUUUUCUACUGAAUCCCUGAGCCUUGUGUUAAAUUAAGUGUAUGUUACACAUGGUCUUGAGUCAAGUUGCGCUAUUAGACUAUGAUAAGUUCAACCGAAAAAUGCAUGUGGGAAAUGGCAUUGGAUUAUAUACAGACAGUCUGUGUAUUAUUCAUUGACUGAUUCAACGUGCCAUCGCUGGUAUUGGAAUGCUCUGUAUAAAACUGUUGGCAACGCCAAACAAUGCUGGAAACACAGGUUUUUGUAGAACAUAUUUCAUGGAAUGUUUUGAAGGAACUGAUUUGGACGUAUUAAGGCAAAGGGGUGAAAUGGUUGUUUAUGUGGGGAGGUUGCUUGUUUGUAUAAACUAUGUCACUUUAAUAUAUCAUCAGUAUCAACAACUCAAUGGAUUGUAUCCCAUAUUUUCAUGUUGGUUUUUGCUAAACUGUUUGAAAGAGUUUGUUACAAUUUAAGACAUGUGCCUAGUUCUAUCAUACAUGGACAGUAAAUAAUUACUAAAUAUUGAUACACUGCAUUAUUAAACUUAAACGUUUGUAAUUGGUCCAAAGUUGUCACGACAUCAUUGCUUAGGCAUUCUGAGAUUAUGAGUGUGCAGGUGCAGCCACAUUAUGUGAUCAUUUCCUUGUUGUUAUUCUUUGUAAAAUUAUAUUCUGGAGGGUGGAGUUGAUAGAUCUUCUACAUAAACGAAAGUCAAGUAAAGAAAUAAAAGGAUUGGGUGUGGUGACAGGUAAAGCAGGUCUCACAGUAUCUCAAGUAAGAAAGUAUAUUUAUUGGACUUGGUAAUCAAAGCAGCUAUUACUAAGGCAGUUUCAGCUGGAACUUCUAUUAGCUGAGACCUGAGAACUGACUUCAGCAAUGGCGGAUCCUUUGUCCUUCCUGGAAGAGGAUUUUACAUGUCUCAUCUGUUGUGAUGUCUUCACCGAUCCAGUCACAUUGAAGUGUAGCCACAGUUUGUGUGAGAAAUGUCUCCAGCGUUUCUGGACGACUCAAGAUGUGCCGCGGUGUCCGGUCUGUCGGAAGGAAUGCUCUCACGACGAACCCACCAAGAGCCUGGCGUUCAGAGCACUCUGUGAGUCCUUCAAGAAGAGGAAACCCUCCACUGUUUCAGCAGACGUUUGUCCAGAACAUGAAGAAAAGUUCAAACUCUUCUGCUUUGUGGACAAGGAGCCAAUCUGUGUGGUCUGUUACACAUCAAAGAAGCACGAAGACCACAAGUGUUCACCUGUCAACGAGGCUGCUGGGAAUUUAAAGGAGGAUCUCAAGACACAAAUGGACAGAUUACAGGUGACACUCGGUGACCUCAAGAAAGCCCAUGAGAGCUGUGUUAAACAGGUUGAGAUCAGUAAGGAAUGCAUCAGUACGGAUGAAACCCAGAUAAAGGAGGAAUUUGAAAAGCUCCGUCAGUUCCUUAAAGACGAAGAGGAGAAAUGGAUCAGAUCCUUGGAUAAAAAAACAAAACUUCAAGAUGAGAAACUCCAGGCCAGAAUGAAGGAGCUCACCGCACAGAUAUCAGAUCUGUCUGAGAGGAUGGCUGCCGUCUGGCAGGAAAUAGAAACUGAAAACAUCACAUUUCUCCAGAAUUACAGCAACACCCUACAAAGACUCCAACACCCAUCAGUAGUAAACAUAGUCCCUGAACUACAGGAAUAUCAGCACUAUCCCAUUCAGACAAUGAUCUUCACCACAUGGGUCAAAAUGCAGAACAUUGUGGAACAGCCUCCUGUCACUCUGGACCCAGUCACAGCAUCCAGUAAACUGCAAGUGUCUCAGGAUUGCCUCAGUGUUCAUUGCGUGGAAAAUAAAAUGAGUGUGUCUUAUAACCCAGAGAGGAUGUAUGUGGGAGUGCUGGGCUCACAGGGCUUCAGCUCAGGUGUGCACUGCUGGGACGUGGAGGUAAAAAACAACAGUCACUGGACGCUGGGAGUGGUGUCAGAAAAAGUAGACCGCAAAAAAAAUUACAAAUUGUAUCCGAAGAAACAUUUUUGGUGUUUUCAUUACAUGAAUUCUACAUACAUGCAAGGAAAUGAUCCUGUCAGCGAUAUUGAUAGCAAUGAGAGGCCAAAUAUCAUCCGACUGCAGCUGGACUUUGAUGAAGGAGAGCUCAGAUUCAUCGACCCUUCUAGAAACAGGAUUCUGUGCACCUACACGGGUAGAUUUCCAGAUAAAGUGUUCCCAUAUUUCUGUACUGAAGAUACGAUCAGCCCACUUAACAUUUUCUUUUCAAAUAAACAAAAAUUGUAAAGCACAAGAUUUCUUUUAUAUAUGUUGUGAUUUGUGCACGACACGUGCCAAGAUAAUCCUCAAAUGCAACGUAACGAGUGUUUUAGGGACACUGUAUAUCAAGUUAAGUGAUCAUUUAAUCAAGUAAUGUUUAAGUGUAUAGGGUGAAGCAUUAUAAAUAUAACAAAUUAUUUAAUGUGGUUAUCAAUGAACAAAAAAUAAAGGCUUUUUGGUGUA